AUGAAAUGUGACCAGUAACCUCUGCUCAUUCUCCCACCCUUUCCCUGCCACGAUGGAAGUUAGGACAUCAACUGUCUUCAUUAAGUUGCUUUUGUCAGGGUAGCUUGUCCCAGCAAAAGGAAUGCUGCAGCUUGUGUGGGCAAACAUGAAGUAACUAAGCAGAGCUGCCAAGUCAUGGCCAGUUCCUUCUGCAGAGGCGUGGAACAGGAAACCAGAAUUGGGCAAGUGUGUUUUUUGUCUCAUCUUCAUUAAGGGGACUUUACGGAGAGGGCAUCGGGGGACAACUAAAAAGAACCAAAGAGAGAGACAUGGAAUUCUGAUAUGUGAAUCCCCAUUUCAGGAAACCACCUGAGAAGAAGCAGGACCGUGACCUUACUGAAGAAGAUGGCCGAGCACGGGGAGGCCUCUGUGGAGCCAGUUACUGAGUUUGAUUAUGAUCAUCUCCAUGAGCUCUCUGCUCUUCUCGGUGUGGAUGCAGUGCAGCUGGCCAAGAGCCAAGAUGAAGAAGAGCAUAAAGCACGAAUGAAAAUGAAGAAAGGUUUUAACUCACAGAUGCGCAGUGAAGCCAGGAGAUUAAAGACUUUUGUGACCUAUGACCCAUAUAGCUCAUGGACGCCUCAGGACAUGGCAGCUGCUGGGUUUUACCUUACUGAGGUGAAACCUGGGGUGCAAUGCUUUUGCUGUAGCUUAAUCCUCUUUCACACCAGCCUCAGGAAAGUUCCCAUAGAAAUCCACAAGAAAUUUCGUCCAGAAUGUGAGUUCCUGUUGGGCAAAGAUGUUGGUAACAUUGGCAAGUAUGACAUAAGGGUGAAGAGUCCAGAGAAGACACUGAGAGGAGGCAAAGCACAGUACCAAGAAGAAGAGGCCAGGCUGGAGUCCUUUGAGAAGUGGCCUUUUUAUGCCCAUGGGACCUCACCACGUGGACUCUCCGCAGCUGGCUUUGUCUUUACAGGUGAAAGGGACACUGUGCAGUGCUUCUCCUGCGGUGGAUGCCUGGGAAACUGGGAAGAAGGAGACGAUCCCUGGAAGGAGCAUGCCAAGUGGUUCCCCAAAUGUGAAUUUCUUCAAAGUAAGAAGUCGUCAGAGGAAAUUGCCCAGUAUAUUCAAAGCUACGAGGGAUUUGUUCAUGUAACGGGAGAACAUUUUGUGAAUUCCUGGGUCAGAAGAGAAUUACCUAUGGUAUCAGCUUACUGCAAUGACAGCGUCUUUGCUAAUGAAGACUUGAGGAAGGAGACUUUUAAGAACUGGCCCCACAAGUCACCUGUGGCUGUUGAAGCUCUUGUCAAAGCAGGCCUUUUUUACACAGGCAAAAAGGACCUUGUCCGGUGUUUUUCCUGUGGAGGAUGUAUGGAGAAGUGGGAGGAAGGUGACGACCCUUUAGCAGACCACACCAAGUUUUUCCCAAAUUGUGUAUUUCUUCAAAACUUGAAGUCCUCUGCAGAAGUGAUUCCAGCCCUUGAGAGCCACCAUGCACUUCUUGAAGCCAUGGAAAUCACAAGUGAAAGUAAUCAGGAGGACCCAGUUCAUCCCACCAAGGCCGGCUUGGCUCUGAGGGAAGCCCAGUGGUUUCAAGAGGCAAAGAGUCUGAGUGAGCAGCUGCGAGGCGCCUACACCAAAGCCACUUUCCGCCACAUGAAUUUGCCAGAGGUGUGCUCUAGCCAAGGCACUGACCACUUGCUUGGCUGUGAUGUGUCCAUCAUUGCAAAGCACAUCAGCAGGCCAGUGCAAGGGGCCCUGACAAUCCCAGAGGUCUUUGCUAAUCUCAGCUCAGUCAUGUGUGUGGAGGGGGAAGCUGGCAGUGGGAAGACAACCUUCCUGAAGAAAAUAGCUUUUCUCUGGGCAUCAGGGUGCUGUCCCCUGUUGAACAGGUUCCAGCUGGUCUUCUACCUCUCCCUUAGUUCCACCAGACCAGACCAGGGUCUGGCCAGCAUCAUCUGUGCCCAACUUCUAGAGGCAGGAGGCUGUGUUAAUGAAGCAUGCCUAAGCAGCAGCAUCCAGCAGUUAAAACACCAGGUGCUGUUCCUGUUGGAUGACUAUAAUGGGAUGGACUCACUCCCCCAAGCCCUAGAGACACUGAUUACAAAAAACUACUUGUCACGAACCUGCUUAUUGAUCGCUGUCCAUACAAACAGGGCCAAGUCCAUCCGUCCACACCUGGAUACAGUUCUAGAGAUCAAAGAAUUUCCUUUCUAUAAUACAGUCUCUGUGUUAAGGAAGGUCUUGUCACAGAGUAUAACACUUCUGCAAGAGUUUAUGGUUUAUUUCGGAAAGAAUGAGGAUUUAAGGGGAAUUCACAAAACUCCUCUCUUCGUAGCAGCAGUCUGUACUGACUUGUUUCAAAAUCCUUCUGACCAGCCCUUUCAUGAUGUGGCAGUUUUCAAGUCCUAUAUGAAGUACCUGUCCUUAAAGUACAAAGCUGCAGCUGAGGCCCUCAAGGCCACUGUGUCCUCAUGUGGGCAGCUGGCAUUGAGAGGGCGUUUUUCUUCAUGCUUUGAGUUCAACAAUGAUGACCUCACAGAGGCUGGUGUGGAUGAAGAUGAAGACCUGACUGCCUGCUUGAUGAGCAAAUUCACUGCCCAGAGACUGAGACCAGUCUACCGGUUUUUAAGUCCUCUUUUCCAAGAAUUUCUUGCUGCCAUGAGGCUGACUCAACUCCUGGGUUCAGACAGGCAGGAAGAGCAAGACCUGGGAAUUCAUUAUUUGAGACAAAUUAACUCACCCUUGAAGGCUCUGACCACCUACAACAACUUUUUGAAGUAUGUCUCCAGCCACCCUUCAUCAAAGGCAGGGCCAGAAGUUGUGUCUCAUUUGCUUCAGUUGGUGGAUGAGAAAGAGUCGCUGGAGAACAUGUCUGAAGAAGAGGAUCAUGUAAAGCAUGGAGCAGAACCUUCUUUUAUAACACAGUCAAUUAAAGAAUUGUGGCACUUUUCUCCUGAAGCUUUGUCUUCAAAUUUUUCAGAAAAUUUAUUGAGACUUGCUCUAAACUUUGCUUAUGAAAGCAACACAGUUUCUGCAUGUUCUCCAUUGAUUUUGCAAUUCCUUCGAGGGAGAAAACUGGCUUUAAAAGUAUUGAAUUUCCAGUACUUUAGGGACCACCCAGAAAGCCUAUUACUGUUGGCAAGUAUAAAAGUCUCCAUGAAUGGAAAUAAAAUGUCACCUAAUGUAGGUUAUUCAGUCAUGAAAAAGUGUUAUGAAACAUUACAGCCACCAACUAUAGAUGAGGACUAUGCAUCUGCCUUUGUACAUAUGAAGGAAUGGGCAGAAAAUUUAGCUAAAAAUCAAGAGAAUGUAUACAGUUUUUUCAAUAAAAUGAAUAACCAACGUAGCCAUCUACCCAAAAUAAAUUCUGGCUAUUGGAAACUGUCACCCAAGCCACACAAGAUCCCUAGGUUGGAAGUUGCAGUGGCUGAGAUGGGCCCAGCAGACCAAGCACUGCUCCAGGUCCUAAUGGAAGUCUUCUCAGCUUCACAGAAUAUUGAGCUCUGCUUGUCCAACAGCAAUGGCUUUCUUGAAAGCAUCCACCCAGCUCUGGAGCUGAAUAAGACCUCUGUCACCAAGUGUUCCCUGUGCAGGCUGGAGCUCAGCACAGCAGAACAGGAGCUGCUUCUCACCCUGCCUGCCCUGCAGUCUCUUGAGGUCUCAGGGACGAACCAGUUACCAGAUCAGCUCUUUGCAAAUUUGGACAAGUUCCUGGGCCUGAAAGAACUGUCUGUGAGACUAGAUGGCAAAGCAGAUGUGCUUUCAGUCCUUCCUGGAGAGUUCCCAAACCUACACCACAUGGAAAAGUUAUCUAUCCAAACUUCCACAGAGUCUGACCUCUCCAGACUAGUUAAAUUGAUUCAGAACUCUCCAAAUCUUCAUGUCUUUCACCUGAAAUGUAAUUUCCUGUUGAAUUGUGAGUCUCUCAUGGCUGCGCUUUCUUCCUGCAAGAAACUCAGAGAGAUUGAGUUUUCUGGACAAUGCUUUGAAACCACGUCAUUUGUCACCGUCUUGCCAAAUUUUGUUUCUCUGAAGAUACUGAAUCUUAACGACCAACACUUUCCAGAUAAGGAAACAUCAAGAAAGUUUGCAAAGGCUCUGGGUUCUCUCAGGAACCUGGAGGAACUGCUUCUUCCCACUGGGGACGGGAUUCACCAAGUGGCCAGACUGAUUGUCCAGCAGUGUCUGCAGCUUCAGUGUCUCCGAGUUCUUGCUUUUCACCAGACCUUGGAUGAUGACAGUUUGCUGGAAAUUGCCAAGGUAGCAACCAGUGGAGGCUUCCAGAAACUUGAGAACUUAGAUCUUUCAGUGAAUCACAAGAUUACACAGGAAGGAUACAGACAUUUCUUUCAAGCUCUCAACAACCUGCCAAACUUGCAAGAGCUGAACGUCUGCAGGCUUCUCUCAGAAUGCAUCCAAGUUCAGGCCACCACUGUCAAGGCUCUGAGUCAGUGUGUGAUGAGACUGCCCAGCCUCAUCUGGCUCGGGAUGCUCAGCUGGCUCCUGGAUGAAGAGGACAUGAAAGUGAUGAAUGCUAUGAAGGAAAGACACCCUCAGUGCAAACGCUUGACUAUCUUCUGGAAAUGGGUACUGCCAUUCUCUCCUGUCAUUCAGAAGUGAAGGAUGCAGCUGAAGGCUACUGACAGUUUUAAAUAUCUGAUUUCCUAAAACAUUUUACUGUAGCUAAGCAAGGUGGUACUCCUCUGUCCUUUCAGCAUUUAUGAGACUGAAGUGGGAGAAUUAAGAAGUUCAGAGCAGCUUGUGUUGUAUAGCAAGAUCUUGUCUUAACUAAUUGGCCUGCUCUUUGAUCACCUCCCCCUGAGCAAGAAGCAGUCUUACCAGGCCACACAAGAUGACAAUUCAGCCAUUCCUGAUGAGACCUAAUAGACUAGGAUCAGAAGGUAGGAGAGGGGGAACUCCCCUAUUAGUGGACUUGGGGAGGGGCAUGUUUGAAGAAGGGUGAGGGAAGGUGGAAUUAGGAGGGGAGGAGGUAGAGAUUUAUGGGGGGAUACAAAGUGAAUAAAGUGUAAUUAAUAAAAGUUAAAAAAAUUAAAAGCAUAACUAACCAUCAUAUGAAAUAAUAUUUAUUAAAGGUGCAGGCUGCUGAUACUUUUCUAGAAGCCUGCCUGUUCCUCACUAAACUUAGCAGCUAUGAUGAACAGUGCCUUGGCAGUCCUUGUAUGGUCUUCCUGCCUAAAGAUUACAGCUUUUGUCAAGUUCACGCAGAGACCACUCCAUUGCCAAGGUCAACAGGAAUGGGCUGGGGAAAAGAACAUCAGUGUAUAAAAGGAAGGAGUAUUUGAUGGAGGUAAGAAACAGACAGUUUAGUAUUGCAUCAUUCUCACACAUGAUGAAGCAUGAGGCAACUUUACCACAGGAUGCAGCUGACUUUCCAGGAGAUGCUUAGUAUUUGCAGGGCUUUUGUAUGUUCGCCAGCAUUGGUGUGGCCAUGCUUACUGUCAUGUCUCAUUCAUUGCCAAUGUGAGGGGGGAAAUGGGCUUAGAGAAAACUGCUAUUCUUCCAGAGGAUUUUGAAAAGUUUGCAUGUGCUGUAAUGGCCUUAAGGUUUCCUUUGUUUUUCCAUUUUGUUGUUUAGAGACAGGUUUUCACUAGGUAGCCUUUGAUAGCCUGGAACUGAAUGUGUGGAUCAGGCCUACCUGGAACUCACAGAGAUCUGUCUGCCUCUGUCUCUUGGGGACUAAGAUUGUUAAAAUCAUAUUUGUAGAAACAUUAAGGACUCAGGGAUAUAUUAACUUGGCUUUGACAUUCAUUUAGUAUUCCACAUGUAUAUAAAAAUCUUAUCUUGAUACUUAUGUUGGCUUAACAUAAAUAUAUACUUUUAAUUGGUCAAUUUAUACCUCAAUAAAUCUGGAGGAAAUAGAUUUCCAAACAGAUUUUAUUAAAUCUUUGAUUAUAUCUGUAAAGUUGAGUCAGAAAGUAUUCUUACUUUCCAUUCUACUCCUUUCUGUAUUAUUCUUUAUCUUACAGUUCCCUGUGUUAUUUUUAUGUUUAAAAUAAAAGAUUCAGGACCUUGAGAGAUGUUAAGAACACUUGUUAAUAGAUUGUUAAGAACACUUGUUACUUUUACAGAGGACCCUUGUUUGGUUCCAAGACAGUCUCUCUCUCUAUUUCUCUUUCUGUUUUCCCUCUCUGUUUCUUUUGAGACAGGGUUUCUCUGUGUAGUCAUGGCUGUUUUUAGACUCAUUCUGUAGAGCAAGCUUACCUGAAACUCAGAGACACCCUGUCUCUAUAGGAUCAGACAUUAAAUAUUUUAUUAUCUGAUUUGACAUGUAAUACUUUAUUGUCAGAAAUGUUUAAAUGUUAUAACAGAAUCCAGUGAGUAGACAGAAAUGACAGGUCACUCUGUUCCAGGUAGCAAGGUGUAGUUAUGCUAACAAUGAGGUGGACUGGCAGUGUUUUCACUAAAGAAAUCAAUAAAUCUGUAAUUACUAA